AUAUCAAACUGUGCACGAGUAGUAUAAAAGAUACAGCUGCCGAGCUUCCUGGCUUUCCGCUGGCGGGUCCGUUCCGCGUCAUCGGACGUGACUCAGAACAUCUCGCAUCAAUCUUACUUAACAAACACGCCUCUUACGUCCUUUCAUCAGUAUUCACGUUUACUCCCACUGCGAUUUCGAGAACUAAGCCUAGUCAAGAGCAGCCAGAAGAAGGGAAGGUUCGCAACGCCGCAAAAUGACCGAGGCCGACGCACAAAACCCCAGCCCGGAGGAACCGAAGCCCCAACACAUUCGCGUCCGCGCUUCAGAUGCGACAGCGUUUGUCCAAGCCAUUCUCAAAGGCAAUGGUGUGCCCGAAGACAACGCUGUGGUAGUGGCCAAAUGUCUUGUGGCUGCCGAUCUACGAGGCGUCGACACGCACGGAAUCAACCGCAUCCCGAGUUACAUGGCACGCAUCCGACAGGGUGUACUUGACGCCACUGCCUCCCCUACCCUCAAUCAGGUUACACCUGUUGUGGCUCAGGUCGAUGGCCACAAUGGCUUCGGCUUCCUUGCAGCACACACGGGAAUGGCCUCCGCGAUACGAAUGGCGCAAGACUAUGGCAUUGGAAUGGUGAGCAUCAAGCAUUCGAACCACUUCGGCAUGUCGGCAUGGGUGGUGCAGCAAGCGCUGGAUGCAGGUCUGAUGAGUCUCGUUUUCACGAACUCGUCCCCCGCAUUGCCUGUUUGGGGAGGCCGCGAGAAGCUCAUGGGUGUCUCGCCUAUCGCUUGCGGCGCACCUGCAGGCACCUCGAAGCCAUUUAUCCUUGACAUGGCGCCUUCCGUCGCGGCGCGUGGCAAGAUUUACAAAGCUCUCCGACGAGGCGAGAAGAUUCCGCGCGACUGGGCACUUGACGCGGAAGGCUCCCCGACAGACGACCCAGCUGCGGCGCUGCAGGGCGUCAUGCUACCCAUGGGCGGACCAAAGGGCUCUGCGCUGUCCAUUAUGAUGGAUGUCUUUUCCGGCGUCUUAUCCGGUUCUGCGUUCGCAGGGCAUGUCACGAAUCCGUAUGACCCCUCUCGCCCAGCAGACGUGGGGCACUUCCUAGUCGCCAUUAAGCCGGAUCUAUUCAUGAGUCUUGAAGAGUUCAAGGCACGCAUGGAUUAUCUUCAUCAGCGAGUCGUCGGCUCGGAGAAGAUGACGGGAGUCGACAGGGUCUAUUUCCCAGGCGAGAUUGAACAGCUUACUCAAGACGAGCGUGAGCGUGUCGGCAUACCCUAUGUGGAAGCGGAAAUUGCGGCACUGAACAAGGAAGCGCAGACUGUUGGAGCGGAGAAUAUCAAUGUCUUGGAUUGAGCCUGAUUAUCCCCGAGACACCGCGCGGCACAGAAUGUCACUAGCCAUCCGUCCGUCGGCUCGACUCGAGGUAUAGGUAGCCGUUGGGAUCCUCAACAACGGUCAGGCGCCGUUCCACUCCUGCGACAACGUUGGCGAAGGGUCUAUGUUGUAUGGAUAAGCC